GAACGCGAGAAGCCACUCUCGUGAACAGCACUUUACAGCAGUCAGGACUGCACAGCUCAGAAGCUUCACCGCGCCGUCCACGCACUACAUCUACUCGCUGGAAAUACGAUUUUGCAGCAAAUAUUUUAACCUGCAUGGUAAAUGUCCUCAAGUUACUGUGUGAUUACAAGCUGACAAGAAUAGAGUAGUUCGAUUUUCCUGGAAAAGACAUGAACAUUUACAAUUGCAAGCUCAGAUGAAUUUCAAGUAAUCCACCAUGGCAGAAAUAUUGACAAUCACACCCGUACUCCAUGAAAAUCCCAACACAACGACGGGACCUCCAUCGACACCCAACGCAACAGUACUUGCCUUCCAGAAUCUGAUCCCCGCUCUUGUCCAAUGCUUCACGAUCAUCUUAUUCGGCUACUUGGCGGGACGGACGCGGAUUGUUUGUCCGUCGCAGGCGAAGGGGCUGGGUCACUAUGUAUCGUACUUUGCCCUGCCGGCAAUGUUGUUUAAAUCACUGGUAGAACUGGAUUUCACUCAGGUGAACUGGCUAUUUUUUGCCAGUGUGUUGAUUGCCAAAGCAAUUAUCUUCACUGUGGUCUACAUUGGAACCCUGUUGCUAGGUGGGAAUGGAUCCUUAGGCAAGGCGGGUCUGUACAGCAUGUUUGCUACACAAAGUAAUGACUUUGCUCUUGGAUACCCAAUUGUGCAAGCUCUGUACGGCACCAGUAACCCUGAUAUGAUUCAGUACAUCUAUAUCUUUGCACCGAUCAAUCUCCUGUUCCUCAAUCCUUGGGGAUUCCUGUCCUUAGAAGUUCAGAAGACAUCCAGGGCAAACGAACGAAGGAGCAAAGCCUUGGUUGCUUGGUCUGUCUGUAAAGGCCUCAUCACCAACCCAAUCUUCACAACCGUCUUCAUAGGGAUCAUCUUCAACUUUGCCCUCUCCCAGGGGUUACCAAAGAUCCUAGACGACAUCCUAACCUCCUUGGCUAACUCCUUCGGAGCAACGGCUCUCUUUCUCCUGGGUAUCAACAUGGUAGGAAAGGUCAAACAACAGAGCGGCCUGGCCCUGGUCUCACCGGCACUACUUAUUGCUUUCAAAUUAUUGGUACUUCCUCUUGUUACCAAUCAGCUGGUGUAUGCUCUAAACCCUGGUGGAAGCAACGAGACCUUGACAGACUCCUAUGCAUCGUUUGGUUUCCUCUACGGUUCCCUUCCAACGGCUCCUACUGUCUUCCUCUAUGCAACUCAUUAUCAACAGUCUAUGCAUAUGAUUGCCCCUACCAUGGUCUAUUGCACAUUUGUCUCCGCCCCUUUUAUGUUUAUUACUGCUACCAUGGUGAUGAUCCCCAUGGCAACAGAAGGUCAAUACCACAAUGCCCUUUCUGAUGGUGCCUUUGAUGUGAGCUGUAUUGGUCUUGCAUCUGCAAUCUGGGUUUUUAUCAUAUUUCUCCUGAGAAGAAAAACAUCUCAUUUCCCUCAUCAAUUCACAGCCAAUCUUAUUGUAGCUCAGGCUCUUGCUGCAUUUGGAGUGAUCCUCUGUCACACGAUUACCUUCAAUACGUACUGGGCUAAAGUCCUUCACUUCAUCAUCAUGUUGACCGGGGUGUUCGGUGCCCGCUGCUGGACGGCAAUGGUGGCGCUAUCACUCUUCCUUCUACGCUACCGAAGCACCUGCUACGUCAUCAAACAUCGCUUCUGGUUUUAUUUCUAUGGAUGGGGGAUUCCAGUGAUGACAGUAGGGAUUCUUGUUGCUUUGCUUCCAUUAGAUGAUGAUGAUGUAGAUGUCCUAUAUGAGAUAGAAAAACCACAGCUUAUUGCCAGUAUCAUCAUCCUCAUUCUCAACCUGGUGUUGAUAUUGGUAUCUCUGAUUGGAUUGCAUCGAUGGGACCGUUUCCGUCGUCAAGGUUACCAACCCAUCAUGGGUAACGACUCCGAGGAGAGCGAGAAUGAAACCAGGACCAAUGGUCAUCUGAGCACCAAGCAAGCUCUUCUUAAAGAAGUCCCAGACAAGAAUUCUCACGACUCACCCACACUCCUCUGCGACGAUUCUUUGUCAUCCUCCUCUACAUCCUCAUCAUCACCAAUCCACCUUGCCGACAUCGAGGACCUCACCAGUCUCAACGCUGCCAUCGGUCGUCAGAUGUGCAGCCGCCAUUUUGGCUGUUCCCGCUACCAGAGCGGCGAGUGCCGUCGUCUGCUGCUGAAGAGGAGCAUGGUGGAGAUAAGUCGGCAGGAAGAGGAGGAUGCGGUGCUCUUGAACGAAGCCGAGAGGCAUCAGCUUGGCCGUCAUAUCUUGCUGCUGUACUUCCUCAUGUUAUCGAUGGUUGUGGCUGUAUCCCUGUGUUUCUGGAAGCUGAUUGGUUCAACUCAAUCAGGGAUCUUCUUAGAAUUGUCAUUCCUUGAUUGCAUCCUGAAUUACGGCCAAGGAUUCAUUGUUUUGGCUAUCUUUGGCUUUGACACAGAGAAUGUCAUCAUGCCAGUCAUUAGAUUGAUAAGGAAAUGUAUCUAUGGUACUGAGAAAGUUCGUCUACCCCGCAAAAACUCCCUCAGUCCAGAAGUUAUGCAAACUUGUGAACAGUUUACGACCCACCACCUUGCGCGAUGUCGGGAUGUCAUUGUUGCAGAUAGAAAGUAUCAUUUGCGGACGUACAAGAAUGUUUUCCGUGGGUCAGACCUUGUUGAUUGGCUCUUGGAGGUCGGUCUUGCCGAGGGUCGCAUCGAGGCUUCCAACUAUGCAACGCGCCUUCUGCUUGGACGCAUCCUAGAACACACCCACCAGGAACAUCAUUUCCAUGACAACGGACUAUUCUUUAGAUUCAUUGAGGAUGAAGAACAGGGUGGAGGGAUCAGAGGUGACAUGGAGGAGAAUGGCAAUGAUAAUGGUGUAGAAGAUCAGCAAAGAACAGUAUCGUCAUGACAUCGGAAGCGUUCCACACAAGAUGAAUAAAUCAGACAUUUUUCUUGAGAGACAUCUUUGUGAAGCGCAGCACAAUUCUAGUUUAUUCUAGUUUUUUUGUGUGUAAAAUAUCCAGAUUGUUGAAAGAGCUAAGCUCUUCUAGGAGGUUGUAAAAUUUAGACGUCGACAGAGGAAUUCAAGAGAAAGUAGAGACGUGGUCUCACACUAUUUACCUGUUUGGGGAUGACUUAGUAGAUCACCCCUGAACAAUGCUUCAUAUGCUAGACAAGAGUAGGACUGAAGGAGAUGGAAAGGGGUGGAGUAUAAUAGCAAGAAAAACAAUUAGUGUGAUCUUCUAUGAGAUACUUCAAGCUUUUCAUGAUCUCAGCAUGUGGAAAGACUGUAGAAUAGCAAAGAACAAUGCUUACUACUUAUUCUGGAGGUAUCCAUGGUUGCAUUUAAAAGAAUGUAGGGGCUUGACAGUACAGCAUGUAUCUGUGCAUACAUUGUGUGCGGGAAUGACUGAUUGAAUCCAAUGACCAGGGUAAUAACGUAUCUGUAAAAUGCUUAGAC